UUUCCCGCCAGUGACGUCAGCACAGAUCUCAUCUCCUAUUGGUCAAAACUGCUGUAUGACCUCUGACCUAUCCACAAACCGGAAGUAACCUAGAUAGGAUGUAAACACAACUUUGGAUCCAGAAAAUUUACUAAAUCUGACAGUUUCUGCGCUCAUGUUGUCUGUAUUUUCUAUGUUUGUGGUCUGUCAAGUGUUCCACAUACUUGGAAUGCUUUCUGUUCUUAGUUUUUUGUAGAGUUUGGACACAUUUAACGUGACGUCACCUGGUCAAAAUAAUUCUAUUGUCUGGGGUUGUUUUGUUUGAAGUGAGGUUGCACAACAGUCCGCAAUGAAUUAUAGAUAUAUAAACUGCACUGCGAAGAGCCGGGCUAAAGUGAGAAAAAAGACCGGCGGUCGAGCCGUCAGCGGCCAGGAGAAGUUCCUUCAGUGGGAUUGUGGAAUCAGAAAACGAAAUAAAGGUAUCACCUAGUGGCAUCAUGGUGAACAGGAAGGGAAAAUACGGCUGCCACACUGGCAACACCCUCCGCAUGGGCUGUGUGGCUCGGAAGAAGAACAAGAACUACUGUGCAGAGUUUGGCAUCUAUGUGGGCCUCUCCGGAUCUGCUAGAAUCACAGCCGAGGAGGGACAGAGCAUCCUUGAUGACUUCUCCGGGUUUGUGGAUGAUGGUGAAAUCUCUCAAUCACUUUCUGGUCUUCAAGUUCAACAAAGAAGGCCCUGGCAGUGGAGGGACAUGAGGUUUGGUUCCAACGAAGUUUUCUUUUCUAUGAAUAAGCACAAGAGAUGGGAGCUCCCCGCCCUUCUCAAAAACAGUGUGUUGGAUCUGGAAAGGCACGAGGAUUCUGAGUACAGAGUCCAGGUAGUCGAGCAUGAGCUUGCGACCGCUGUAACGGGCGUGGGGCGGAGCAAAGCCGACGUCAUAUCUGUCACAGACAGCAAGAGGGAGAUUCCACAGAAGAAGAGCAAGCGUCAACAUGCGUUUGCAACUGACCUGAUUGCAAAAGCAAAGCCUAAGAAGCAGGGGAGAAGGGUGAGGAGGAGAAUUAUAGCAUCUCAAGAGGAGGAGGAGGAGGAGCAUGAUCCUAUAGAUGACCUUCCCAUCCUGAGAUACGAGUGCUGCUACCCAAGAAAUACUGAGGUUUAUCCUUGGUACAACGAAAGGCAGUGUGACCAGUAUCACUGCUCUGGCAAACAGGAGACUCCCCGUACAAAGACUUUGAAGAAGACCAAACAUCAGCGAGACAAGAAGUCUGACCACUGGCACGGGGGCUACAGCAGGGCAGACUUCCACAAGCUUGGUACGUUCCUGGAAGGAACUGAAGACCCUGAUGCAGAAAGUGACACUGAGGAGCUUUUAGAAGCACGCCAAGAACUGCCUUCGACUGGAGAAGUGUUGGCUGCUCUGCUUGAUACUACAAACACCACCAGAAGGAAGCAACGCCGUAUGGAACCUGUAUUUGGAAAAGGCUGCAGUGUUCCCAACGUUGCCUCCUCUACUGACAUAUUUGUACACCCCAAAGGAAGUGCAAUUGUAUGCUCACAGAUAACUUCUGACAUUGAAGACAGUGACAUUGUUGAAGAGUAUGCCAGUGCUACAACUAAUUCUCAUGACAAAGAUGAUGCAGAAGUUCUUGAAGUUUAUGAAGAGAAGCCGACAGCCCAAGUGUUCCUUACCACAGACAGCUUGAAGCCUGUUGAACUUGUCGCCGUGGGUGGGGCGGGUUACCAGGAGGGUCAGUGUGUUCCCAGGGUACUUAGACUGGACUUGAGUGAUCUUGUAAGGAGUCAGGGGAGCGAGGGAAGAAACAUGACCACAACAGGGGCUCAACUGCUGUUUGAAGUUGGAGAAGAAAUCAGUAUUGUGGACGAGAAUGGACAGACUGAAGAAUGCUGCAAUACCAGACUCAGUCUUGUGACGGAUGAGGAGGAUGCUGUGGACUGUGAGACUUGGGGGGAAUCCUGGAAAGGCAGUGUCGCCAUGACUGUUGGGGAUGUUGUCAGGCAAACUGCCUGCUUCCUGUCUAACCAGCUUAACAACAGGCCAAGUCAGAGGGUCAACCAAGUACACAAGAAACGGAAAAGCCACUCACUUAAAGUCAUCUCUGAAAUCUGCAAAGUCAAGACCAGGUCAAUGCUCCCGUCUGAGGCAGUGGUGUCUAGCUAUGGGAAGAAGCCGAAAGAAAACGAGCAUGAACUUCAAGACACUUCCCAGAAUGCAAAGUUUCCUACAACCUGUGGAAUCUGCUGGUCUGACAUCUGUGCUGCGGAUAUCCCAUCAGCCUUUGCUGUACAGGGCUGUCUGCACUGGUUCUGCAGGGAAUGCUGGGAAAUCCAUGUGGGGACGAAAGUGAGGCAAGGGUCGACAGACAUCACCUGUCCUGAGUGCGAGUGUUCGGAGGUUGUGGAUGACACCCUCCUGAUGGUACUGUUGCCGACAAGACUGUACUGCCUGUACCAGAGAAGGGUCCAUAACGUUGCCGUGGAUUCUGACAGCAGUCUACAUUGGUGCAGGGAUGCCAAGUGUGGAAGAGUGGUCUCUGUCGUUCACUCAGGCGAGGUCGGUGACCCCGUACCGGUGACGUGUGAGUGUGGAUCCAUGUGGUGCAGCCUCUGCAGGGCGGAGCCUCACUGGCUGUCAGCAGGCGCAGGAGCACCUGCGGGAGAUACAGGACAUUUCUGUUGGACCUGUGGGCAGGAGUAUCAGCUGCACUACAAAAAUGGGACUUUCACCUGCCCAAAGAAGCCAUACGCCCUAGAGGCAAUAGAGAUCGACAACCUGCAAGUCAAGAACAUGUCGCUGUACCAACAGAGAUGGUACAAGGCUUCCCUGGAGCAUAGGAAGGCUCAGGGACAAACAAGGCUCACACAUACGUACAAACAAGCAUGGAAACUGGCCAGAAAAAUGGUGCUCUCUACAGAUGUCCAGCUCUUCUACAGACUAGUGGAAGGGAAACAAGAACACACCUCAGACAACCUCCUGUCAACAUACAUGGAGCUGACAGGGGGCGCUGCUGACAUGGUCAUGCAGAUGCACCAGGCAGCAGAAUUCACAGCUGUCCUUGUGAGUAACACCAGCAGGAGAGUCAGGAGAAACUCCAUUCUGAACCUGUGGAGAAAGAUGACAUUCAUUCAGGACUCCAUAAACAGGAUUUUGGAGGAAGAGAAGCCCUGUCCUUCUACAGUUGAGGAGAGGCUGGGACGUCUGUUGCAUGCUGGGAAGAGAUGCUUACAGAAUCUUCACAGGCUGACAGCGAAGAAGAAUUAA